UGAACUGCAAAGUAAUUUAAAUCUGACUUAUAAAAUCUAACGAGCUAAUAAGCGGCUUUGAACGGUUUGAUCGGAGCGGACCAGCAACUCGUACCGCGCGUUUUGCGUUUGCAGUUCAGUCACCAAGCAGUCAAGCAUCAAGCAGACUCCGCUGUAGAAGGAUCUGAGGCUCUAUAGCAGACUCUCACAUUUAGGAAGAAUUUAGUCGACGACGCGUUUUGCUGGCACCAACUCUGGAUAAUCAAAACCUUUUCUCACAGCUCUAAGUUAUUAUAUGAGCUCUUCACAACUGAUGUUGCCUUCUUAAGAUUUUAGGGAAAUAUGCCCAGAGAUCAAAACUCCUGGGAAGCUCUAUGAUAAAAAACAAGUUUUGCAAGGUAGAACUAGCUUUUCAAAAACUUAUCGAUGUGGAUGACUUUGAGAAUUGUUCAUUGCAGUGCAGCAUAGAGUACAAUUGCUCUACGAAGCCUUCCGAGCUAGAAGGGUUGGUAUAGUGUCAGGCAGUUUCAGCGUAUUAAUCACCAUUCAUAUACACUCUACUAAAUUAAUAUACUUCAUUCCUUGAACAGCAGGGGUUUGAAUAAAACAAAUCAAGAAUUCAAUUUUUGUUGUUAAGUACCAGAUCUAUCUCCAACUCCGCUGGCCCCCUUCUGGCUAGUAGAUCUCUAAAAUGCUGGAGAAAAACGAUGUCCAAAGCGAAGAGAAGGAGACAGGACCCAAGACUAAAAAGAUGGAAAAACAACCAGCAGAUCCACACAGGGAAUAUCUUGACAUGGACACAGAUGAAGAGGAAUUUGGAAAACCAGAGACACCCGAACCAGAGGAAGAGCCACCGCCUGAACCAGAAAAGCCGAUAUUCAGCAAAGAAGAAUUACAAGAGCUUGUGAGUUGCCCGAAAAAGAAUGAGAAAAAUAUAACUGAAAUUGCCAUUAACCAGAUGAUUCUAAUUAAGUUUGGAUCUCAGGUACAAUAUGUUAAGGAUUUCACUGUCCUACCAGCACUUGAUGAUUCAGAUUGGAAUGAAGACUGCUGUAAAGUGAUCCAUGAAUUUUUCCAAAACCCUUCAGAAAUCAUUCUUACCAUUUUCUAUGACGUUGAGAUCCUAACAGCUCUUUUGGGGUUUCCAUCUGACGCUGUCGAUGGCAUGACUUACUUCUGGAGGUCGCCUUGGCAAGUAUAUACGGCUGAAAAUUUUCAUGCCACAAUUAACUUCGGCAGCGUGAGUGAAAAUGUUGAGAACUAUGUUUUAAAAAUCAUGGAGAACGUUUAUGCGCUAGGUAUCUUCAACAGCAAGAACUGGUACUCUGUUAAGAGGAACGAUAUCUUCAAUAAUACUCAUGAUUUGUUGACAAAAUUGACUGACACUACUUACAAACUAAUGGGACUCACCGUUUUAUACGUUCCGAGGGAUGGUAUGGAUCCUUCAGUCAAUAGGGCUCAGAAGCAGAAUCAGUUUGUACUGGUUACGGACAACAUUGCUAGUGGAGAAGAGUCGCAAGAUGUGAACAAAGUUGAUGAGGCAAAAGAUAAGGGGGAUUUGUUGGGAAGACUUGAAACUGUGGCAAACUUUUGGAUUCGUCAAAUCAGAGAAGCUAUUAGUGAUCAAAACUCUGCGAGCCAACUCACCAGAGUUUCUGACGAAUUAACGUUCUGGGAAUACAGAUAUGACAAUCUUCGAGGCCUUUGUUGUCAGCUGGAGAACGCCAAUAUUCUACACAUUGUUGCAAAGCUUGAGAACAUGCAGUUCACUAGCAUCAGACAGUUUCACGAAUUGACAAGAGAUGUGAAAAUGGCUAUCGAUGAAGCUAUAUCUAAUAUUAAUUAUCUCAGCUUACUAACCGAACCGUGCUCGGUGUUGAAGAUCCCUGAGAUGGAGCCGGAAAAAAUUUCGCAUAUUCUAUAUUUGAUUAGUUUUAUCUGGCUCGAAUCACCAUUCUAUAACUCAAAGACAAAGAUCGAAACUGUCAGUCGAGCUCUGAGUACUCAGAUUGUUAGUACGUGCCGAGAGUCAAUCAAUUUAAAUACAAUUUUUCAAGGCGAUACAAUUCAAGGGCGACAACAACUCCAAGUCUGUAUCAGCUGCUGCCAAAAAUAUAGAAAGAUUUGCAAUGAGCAUGUCAAAGUUGUUUCAAAGAUAAGCCAGGAUAGAGGCUGGGAAGUUGAUUCAGAAAACGUAUUUAAUCACGUCGAUGCCUUUGUAAGACGUUGUCGAGAUGUAAUUGAAAUUUGUGACACGAUUGUUGUAUUCGGAAAGUCUCCCAAGUCAAUGAAUUUUGGUGGUUCAAAUGGAAUAGCCUAUGAAACUAGCUGUAACAGGAUUGAAAUGAUGUUCUACAGUGCCUUGCAGAAGAUAAAGGAUGUUCAAUAUAAAAUAUUGGACGUUAUGGAUGCUACUUGGCUGCAACAUAUAACUUCAUUUCGACAAGACAUAGCAGAGCUUGAAGUUAUGGUGGGUAACGUAAUAUCGAGCAUAUUUGCAGAGUUAAGCUGCAUCGAGGAAAACAUCGAGGCUUUGUACACGUUACAGCGGUACAGCAGGCGUGAAUCUAUCAACGAACUUCUCCAUUUGAAAUGGGUAGAGGUUUGGAAGAUAUUUGACAAGGAAAUACAACAAUCUAAACUAGCUAUCGUCAAUGAGAGUCAAAAUUAUCACUCAUCCAUGCCCUAUUACUCAGGGCGAGCUUUCAUUUUGAGGCUGCGCCAUAGCAGAUUAACUCGAUAUCAAACAAUAUUAUCUAAUGCCUCGGACUGGCUGGGAGAUUGCGACGCUCAGAUCUCAGUUUUGAGAAAUUACAAGAAGUUGAAAGCUGCCGCAGUAAGUGAGGAGAAGCUGCUCUUUGAGGCAUGGGAAAAGCUGAUGCCAGAAAUGAAUGAGCUAACGAGCACUCUUGGUGAGCCCAUACUACGAAGAGGUAAAUCAAAAUUUGGACCCAUCGAAGUUAAUAUGGAUUACCGUGUUUUGAAUGCCAUGGAAGAAGCCAAAGUAUGGGUUUGGUUGAGUUAUGAGGUCAAUACUCAGUGGAAAAAGUUGUCGACCAAAUGGUUGACCUUGAAGAUUAGGUACCAGGGAGUGUCCCUUCUCUGCAGAUCUUACAACAGUGUACUCAAACCCUUAACAAAUCAAGAACGUUCUUUGUUCAAAGAGUUAUUGAGAAACUUGGAAAAUUCAGUCGCUUGUGGUUUUGAUAAAAUCACUUGGUAUUCACCAGAUGUUGAAAGAUUUUACACAGAGUGCUCUGCGGAUGUAAUGAACCUUCAGGAAUUGAUUGGCCUGUACAAAAAGGCUAAUUCACGCAUCGAACAACUUUUUUGGGAAAUAAGUAACAUUGGAUCCAUUCAAGUAUUUGAUAACGUAACAUUCAGCAAUGAAGAAUUUCUUUCAACUCUAGAAAAGCAAAUGUCCCAGGAAAUCUGUAAUAUUAGAAACCGUUACGAAGAGGUCUUGAACUUGAUGAUGGGUAUCAAAGAAAUUUUUGAAAUAGAUUUGGAAGAGAUAGCACAGUAUUGGGUCGAUUUUAUUCAAUCGAAAGAUAACCAGUUUGAUCAAAAACUAUGCUCAGCCAUUGUAAAUUGUUUACGAUCAGUUCUGAGAUUAACCGAAGGUGAUGAGAUUAAUAUUUGGGAACCAUUCUUCCAAAUCACUGUUAAUUACAUUAACAAUGAGUUGAUCAUUUGGCCAGAAGUUCAAAAGUUGAAAGAGGUUUUCAAAAAUAUAUUCAAGUACACGAUCGCUGCGAUAAAGCCUCUAGAAUUGUUAUCAGUGAAAUUAGAUGUUGAUGUCGAUGUUGCCACAGAGUUCUGGAAAUCAAUCGAAGCUCAUGAAAAAUAUCUAAAUUUGCAGAGGACACUGGAUACACAAUUCUAUGAUUUGAACACAGCCAUAAAUGACUACGUACAGUCAGUUCAGUGCAUCGGGGAAAUAACGUCGAUUGACGUUACUAGAAUCUUACAGUAUUACGCAGACAAUGAGCCGAGUCGCGAAGUACUUGAAAACGACAUACUGAGGUGCACAAAAUUGGCAGGUGGAAUCGAAAAAAUCGCUAAUAAGACGCCUGUCAAUUUCAUAGUAUUAGAUAUGACGGAGGCAAAAUUAAAAAUGAUGGAAAAAUGUGAGUCCUGGAGAGAGAUAUUGUUAAUAGAGCUGAGCAAAGUCAUUGUCACCGAACAAGAAUUCGACGCAGGGACACCAACUCCAGUCGAAGAAUUGAGCUUAUGCAGUUACAAAGGAAGCGACAAUGGUAAUUAACAAUUACUGUUUAAAAUCAUGUUCAUGUUAAUAAUUUCAUUAUAUAUUUUUAAUAAUAAAAAAAGACAGCCGUUUGUUUUUACAUAACUGUCAUGAUUUACGAAA